AUGUCUUUUUCUCAUCUUUUUUUUUUUCCUUUCCCUCAAUGAUCCGGAAUGAGAAAACCAAAACCAAGUCUAAUCCUGUACUCUUUCUUCUGCUUUUAAGUUUUCAUUGCUGCACAUAGCAGAAGUCGUUCCUUUUGAAAAAGGGUACUUGUUUUGUUUAAAUAGAGGUUGCUUGUUUCUUGGCUGGGGUCCAUGGAGAUUUCUGGGUCAUCCUUAGUUACGUAUUCAAUGGUGUCUUCUUCUUGAUACAGAAGCUUGCUUUGGCCUUUUCUCACUUCUUCUAUUUGUUCUUUGGUUUUCUUUUUAUUUCUUUUUUUUGGUAAAUUGUUCUUUGGUUCUUGUUGAUAAUAAAAAAUUGUCCUUUGAGGGAUUUCUGGGUCAUCAUUUUUGGUCUCUCUAAUGUCUUCUUGAUACAGAAGCGUUGGCUUUGGUCACUUUUUGGUUUUGUUCUUUGGUUGUCGAAUAAUAAAGCUUUGGCCUUUAGGGAUUUCUGGGUGACCCUUAUUAGUUGUUUUGUAUUGUUUGAUAAGUGAUGCAAUCGGGGCAGACAGAGUCCCAAGGGGGUCCGAUUACCCUCCGGCUUCAGUCUCUGGGACUAGCAGAUACCAGAGGCAAGCACAGGAUACAAGCUGAGCUCAAACGGCUAGAGCAAGAAGCUAAAUUCUUAGAGGAGGAGCUGGAUCAGCUAGAAAGGAUGGAGAAAGCAUCGGCUGCAUGCAAGGAAUUGCUGAGUAAUGUGGAAAGUAGACCUGAUCCACUACUCCCAGUAACACAUGGCCCUCUAAAUCCAUUAUGGGAUAGCUGGUUUGAGGGCCCCAAAGAUGCUCGAGGUUGCAGAUGCUGGAUUUUGUGAUAAUAACAACCGAUUUGAAGAUUCAAGAGACAUUAUAUUUCGUUUUGAGAGGCUUUAGCUUGCAGACAUGUUAUAGUGUUCGAGCAGACGCUGUUAUUCACCAGUUUAAUGAAUUGUUGCUUCAUUGUGCAGAAAAGUGACAAUUUUUGUAGUAAACUUUUUUGGUCUUG